AUGGGAUCGGUCUUUGCAGCGUGCGCAUCAGCGCGCAAGGCUGAAGUGCAACUCAGUCCAGAAGAAGCUCUCCUACGAACACUCCUGCUUGAUACCGUAGAGCAUAUACGGCUUAGGUCCAGCGAUGAUUCGGAGCGCCCUGAUUUGAUCCUGCGUUUUACCGGAGGCUGGGUUCGCGACAAACUCCUCGGCGUAGGGAGUCAGGAUAUUGAUGUCGGAAUCAGCACGAUGACUGGCUACGACUUUGGACUGGCAUUGAAGGAAUAUCUUGAUAUCCCGGAAAACCUCGAGAAGUACAAGGCGGAUUACCCAGAGCAUGCCCUCAAAGGGAUUAUUGGCGGACUACAUAAAAUCGCGGCAAAUCCGGAGAAAUCUAAACACCUCGAGACAACUACUAUUCGCGUGUUCGGGUUUGACGUGGACCUGGUGAACUUGAGGAAAGAAACAUAUACAGACAGCAGCCGGAACCCCCAAGUUGAGUUUGGGACUGCUGAAGAGGAUGCGCUUCGCCGUGACGCUACCGUAAACGCACUAUUCUAUAACCUACAUACGGACGAGGUUGAAGAUUUUACUGGCAGUGGUUUGUCUGAUAUGGAAUCAAAGCUCAUACGCACACCAUUAGCGCCAUAUCAGACUUUCAAGGAUGACCCAUUACGAGUUCUACGAUUAAUCCGGUUUGCCAGCAGGCUCACAUAUACCAUUGACCCAGAUACAGAGGAGGCAAUGCAUAAUGAUGACAUCAAGCAUGCACUAAAAAUGAAAAUCAGCCAAGAAAGAAUUGGCAUUGAGAUUGAGAAGAUGCUGCGUGGCCCCGACCCGCUAGGUUCACUGGCAAUUAUAAACCGGAUAGGGCUAUACGAUACGAUCUUCGCAGAUCAUCGAGAUAAUAUGGCCGUGAACGCACCUUCGUGGCCAACUGUUUAUACCUUGCUUAACAGCAUCAUAAACGACAAAAUCGAGUCGGAAAUACCAAGUGGACUGCGAAAAUCAAUGCAUAACUUCCUCAUCCGGAAUAAAGAUGAGGAAUACCGCUCUUGGAUGAUUGCUGCACUUUCACCGUGGGCGAUGGUUGAUGUUAAGAACCCCCUAACUAAAGACGAGAUCAGGAAGAUGGCACCGCGCCCUGUAAGAAUCGCCAGGGAUAGCCUUAGAUGCGAAAAGAAGUUGACGGCCAUGCUCAACAUCGCGACUACUCGUUACCAACUCAUCUCCGAUACUAAGACUGCCUUCGUCAAUGGAGAACUUAACACCUCCCUACCUGAUACUCGCUGGAAAAUUGCAAGUCUUGUCCGAACCCUUGGAGCUGACUGGAGGCUUUGUUUUAUCCAGGCAGUUCUUUUGGAUAUUAUGCAAGGGAAAGAGGCCGAACUUGUAUUAAAUGACUACUUGAAGGUACUGCAGUUCCUAGAGGAACAAACCCUUCUUGACGUGACUGAGCUUAAGCCUCUUGUAAAUGGGCGCGAUAUGAUCGCGGCUCUGGAUUCAAAGGCGGGAGCGUGGCUAACGUCUGCACUGGAGAUUGCUAUGGAAUGGCAAAUUCGGAACCCGGACCGAUCCGACGCAGCGGGCGCAAUAGAGGAGGUCAUCCGCAGGAAGGAUGAGCUCAAAAAAUGA